AAUUGUUAGUCUACGAAAUUUUCAGUUUUUCAUGUAUUCUUCAGGGAUCCGGGUCUUUACAUGCUAUUGCGAUGUGUAGAUUUUGUAGUUUUGAUUUCGCGAAAUGAACAGUGAUGAUAGAUAAAUAAAAGUACGGUUCCGUGACUGAGCAUAGUCAGUCGGUCUUGUGUCUACAUUUCAAGUGCAGUGCGCCAUUGAGCUCGUGAGAUAAAAAAUAAGGAAUGUGUUUAUCGUUUCUCGUUAUUUUGUUAAAACAACGGCUAGUGUACUAGUUCGUUAUGUGGCAAAUGGAAGAUAUUUAGGACGAUUGUAUCAGUUAUGGCAGACUGUAUAGAUUCGCGUAUAACAACAAAGUGUAUUUCAAGAACUGGAAGAGUUCCGCAGUUACGAACAUGGAUUUGGAUUUUAUUAUUGCAGUGUUUAAUAAGCUUCCCGUGUAUAUUUUCAAAAUGCUUGACUGUGGAUUUAACAGUUCGAAUAUACCCAGAAGGAGAUUUUCCACUACCUUAUGGACAACCCUUAGAAUUAAUUUGUGUUGCUGAAAAUUACUCUUCGAGUGAUAUCGUGUUUACGCUUUCUGGAAAACCAGUGGAAUCAGAAGUUAUCAACUCCACGUCACGGAGAUUGUAUAUUGAAAAACUAGAAAAGAAUGUUUAUCCAUACUUUUGUGCAAAUACAAAGACAAACAAAAAAUGUGUAAGCAGAGUACUUGUUGACUCACCACCUGAAGAUAUUUUAGACUUUAAAUGUAUUUCAAAAAAUCUAGAGAUUCUAAAUUGCUCAUGGACAAGCCCAGAAUCCUUAAGUAUCACAACUUAUAAUUUGACAUUUGCAGCAAAUGGUAACUUUGUGAAACCAUGUGUGGCAGAAAAGGUAGAAAACUCAAGGACUAGGUACUGUGUAUGGAAUACAACAAGUAAGCCUAGAUAUAGACAGCAAGAGGAGGUACAAUUCUUCAACUUAACUGCAUGCAAUGUUUUCGGCUGCAAUAGUCAAAACUUUACAAUAAAUCACUAUGCCAUAGUUAAGCCUCAGCCUCCAUCAGAAUUGAAAACAAUUAAAAUAGGAACCCAUAAAGUUGUUCUCAAAUGGAGUAUAUCAAAUAAUAUGUAUGAUUUUGUACCUUGUGGAGUGCAGCAUAAAAUACAGUAUCAGAUUGCAAAAAUAGAUAAUAAAACUUCUUUUCAUGAAGUCGAUACUUCAAUGCUUCCUAUAAAGAAUAAAACAUACAAGUUCAAUUUAACAAAUCUUGAAUAUGCUCAUAUGCAGUAUGAGGUCAGAAUAUAUAUCAAGUCAGUCAUGGCUCCAGAUUCACCAGAUUUCUGGUCAGAUUUUAGUUAUGUUGUAUUCUAUACAGCUAGCGAAAGACCGCAGAGGCCUCCUGAUACAGCAGCGGGUGCCUUUGAUAGAUCCCUUUAUGUUGACAGAAGGAUAUUGUAUAUAUACUGGAAACAGCUAGAAUACUAUGAAGAGGCAGGUGCUAAUUUCACAUACAAAGUUCUUGUGUCUCAAGAUAACAAAACACAGACAUUAUUCCCAGAUAAGAGUAAAAGUUUAAGUUAUGUGAUGUUGAAUGCUUCUCUGAGUUCAUUGGAUGUGGAUAUUUGGUCCUUCAAUAUAAAUGGAUCUUCAGUGAACAGUAGCCAUUUGUAUAUUCCACCUGAAAAGGAUAUUCACUCACUCGGUCUUACUUCAUUUACAAAGCUAGCCUAUGAAAAUGGAACAUAUGAACUAUCUUGGAUUGGGAUAAAGAAUAUUGAUAAUUACACUUUAUUCUGGUGUCAGCAUAACAGUACCAAUAUUUGUGCUGGUCAAAUGGACUUUGCUGUGCUUGAGCCACACAAGAAUCAUCAUGUGAUAGACCUACCAAGAGAACAUAGGUAUCAAUUUGCUAUAUCUGCUAAUAAUGGAUCUAGAACUAGUGGAAUGGUUUGGGCAAAAUGUGACAUAUCAAAGGAAGGUUUUGUCAUGUAUCGCUUUAAUCUCAACCUAAACUAUGAUGCACCUGGAAAAUCUUUUGUUACCUUAAGAUGGCAAAUGGAAUGCAUUCUGCAAGAUGGGAUCAUUACUGGAUUUAAUAUAAGUUACUGUCCUAUUAUAAAAACUAGUACUUUGUGUGAUAAAUCUGUUGCAAGCAAAGAUUUGUAUAUUCCAGAUCCAAAACAGACUUAUGUUACUAUAGAAAAUUUAUUACCGUUCAGAACUUAUCAAUUUACAAUUGCUAUAGAUACAAUUUAUGGACAGAAAACUGUUCGCAAUGCUACGGCAGUUUUAACUACUUCAGAAGAUAGACCAACUAGCCCUACAAAUUUGGUAAUAUCCAAUGUAAGGAAUGAUUCAUUGGUCAUUUCAUGGGAUCCACCAUUGCAACGGAAUGGUAAUAUAGGGAAAUAUGUUAUUUACAAUUAUGAUAAAGAAAUCUAUGUUGAUAGUGUCCCUGGUACUGAUACUUCUAGUAGAAAAGUGACUUUGUUAGGGCUGCAAGGCUUUAACAACUAUUCUUUGUCAGUCCAAGCAUGCAAUAUUGCCAUUGGGUUAUGUUCCAAGCCAAGUCCUAAGAAUGGAAUAUUUGUAAGAACAAGAAUUGGUGCUCCAAGUAGACUAAGAGCUCCAACUGUUACUAAUAAUCCAGAUGUACUGAAAUGGGACCCCCCAGAGGUUCCAGGUGGUACCGUGGAUUUGUAUCAAAUAAUGAGAAUAAGAGAUGAUAAGGAACCUGAAUUCAUAAACACAACUAAUUUGUCUUAUUCGCUUACACAUUGCGAUGGAGUUCUUUCAUCAGAGACUUACCAAGUAAGAGCUUUGAAUUAUGAUGAAGAUUUGUAUCAUGGAGUGAUGGGAAAUGUUAAUAUUACAGAGAGAAAUUCCAGUAAUAUUGAAAUAUAUGCUGGUCCCUGGAGUGAACCCAGCCUGGUAGCUUGUAGAAGCAGGGAUGGUCUUGCUAUGAUAUUAAUAUUAAUGGGUUUAUUUGCUGUUGGAGGUUUUGUAUAUGGGGCCAUAAAAUUGUAUAGAAAAUACAGGAAGAUGGAAGACAUUAAACCAGUUCUACCUUAUGGGUUAGGAGAACCAGAGAAAGAUAGAACUAAAUUUACCUAUCCAGAUUGGAAUCCAUCUAAUAAAGAUGAAAAGCCAUCAUCGGAUGAAAUGUUGUUAUUACCCAACAGCAAAAGCACUGUAUCAUCAACUGAUAUAAAACAAAAAGAUGACAACUGUGCUGCAAGUGAUCAUACUGAUAGUACAGCACUGUCAGAUUCAUCAGCCGGACCAGUGGAUAGACAAGUAUCUACAUCAGAUGAUGGAUCAAACUCAUCACUUCAUCUAGAAGCAGAAACUGAUAAAGGAGAUGACAGCACAAUAGUGCAAGAAGAAGACUCGUCUAAUGAGGACACAGAGAGUUCUCGUGAAAGCUCACCAUACUUUAGUGAUAAGAAUUUCAAAAAGAAUCCUACCAGUGGCUAUGUACAGCCAGUAGUAAAUCCGGCUACUGGCUAUGUACAAUCUGCCCCAGCUAAUAAGAACACCCCUCAAAUACCAAAUUCACAACCUACUACAUCAAGUUAUGUUAUGGCCGGAUUGCCUUCGCCGCUAUUCACGAUGCCUACAGCGCCAAUAAAAGGCUUAAAUCCUGCUCCAUCGUCGGGAUAUGUUCUUCCCGAAGAAACUCAAGUCAAAUCAAUGAUGGGCUUCCCGAAGCUAGCGCCGACGGCACCCAAAGUUAUGGGUCCCGAAAGCUUGCCAACCUUGCCUACCUUGCCGCCGCCAGUUAAACCUAGUGCAGACAAUAGCUAUAUACAAUUGCAAUCAUUGGAUUCAUUGCCUAGUCUUAAAACAAGUGUGCGAAACACUGUGCCAUUAAAACCACCUGCCUCCAAUGGUUACGUCAGCCCCGGCGACGUUGUGAUAAAUAAGCAUCUCAAUAAUAUGCUGUCUGCUGGACAACUAUCUGAAGAGUCUGCGAUCCUCGAUCCGACGAUGUCCCCUGACGCGUACUGCCGGUUCUCAUGGAGCACGGAUCCAGCGAACGAUAACUUGCAUUCGUUACUCGCGGACUCACCUUCGAGAAGCGUCCCUAAGAAUUAAAUUAUUUAUGUCGAC